UAUAAUUUAUCAUUUCGUGCAGUCUGGAUAUUAUGUUUUAAAUCGAAAAUAUUAUCGCGAAAACUCGGCAGUAGAAGUAGAUUAAUAGUAAUGUUAUUAGCAGAAACUGUACUGUUUUUUUUAACAUUGAUCAAUAGUGGUGCUAUAUUAUUCCUGCUAGUUUAUUAUAUUAUUACUUUAUCUGACCUGGAAUGUGAUUAUUUGAAUGCGCAAGAAUGCUGCGAUAAACUAAACUACUGGGUUUUGCCGAAGUACAUCGCGCAUACUUUCAUAACCAUCUUGCUGCUGCUUCACGGCCAACUCGGUUUAUUUUUGUUCAACCUUCCCAUGUUCAUUUGGCUGACGUACGAGUACUUCACUGUACCGCAAGGCAAUCUGGGCGUCUACGAUCCUGUCGAAAUACUCAACAGAGGACAACUCAGAAAGCAUUCUAGGGAUGUUAUGAUCUACAUUGGAUUCUACUUGAUAUUUUUCUUCGUGUCUCUGUACUGCAUCAUCCUAGCCCUGCUAAAGGGAGACCCGAUCAACAGGAGUUACGAUAUAGUAACAGAGCUCUAA